AAGAAAGGGGUCCAGCUAGCUAGAAACAUGGAUGAAAUUUUUUCUAAUGCGUCGGUUGUUUUGCUCAUUUUUGUUUAAAAAACAUUGCGCGGAGAGAACUGUUUAUUAUAUUUUGCUCUCACAUAUUACUUUGCAUGAAUAAACAUGGCGACGUGCAUUCCCUUUCAAACCCAGCUAUCCUCUAUAAUGGAGGUUUUGGUUAAAGCAGCAGUGGCAGAGAUAUCCAAACUAGUCGAUGACAAAUGUGCGUUUUUGCAUCUUGAGAUAUCUCGAAAGCAAAGCGAGAAUGAUAUGCUGAAGAGGAAAUUAGUAAUGAUGGAGAACAAAAAUGCACAGCUGCAACGCGGGUUUGAAAACUACAUGGACCGAGGGACUGAUGUGGGAAACUGUCCUUCACACCCUACAGAAGAUAUUAAGUUUCCUGAUAUUGACGAUGCCACAGUUUCAUUCACAAUUAAAGAAGAAAGUCCAGACGAGACUCUGUGGAUCAGUGAUUCUGCUGGACCCACUGGUUCUGCCACACAAUACUGCAACCCAGCUAACGCUCCGGAGAGCCAGCAGCUUGGAGAGGAGCAUCGGUUAAACCAUCCAGAAGUCACCGCGCAGAAAACAUCUGAGUUUGGAGACUUGUAUAACUCUGGUCAGCAUGCAGGAGACAUCAGUGGCCUGCAGUUUACUGUCAAGACAGAGAAGGAGGAGAAUCGAUCAGGUUUCAGUCAGGACGGAUGCCAGCACGGCACAGGGAAGCACACUCAACUUGCUGCUGACUUUUCCAUUGAUGAAAGAGAGAAUCAGCUGUGGUCAUCCAUAAUUGAAGGUGAUGAUAUUGAUGCAGGUUUUCCUGACUUUUCCAGUGUGGUUGAGGAGUACUCCAACACAUUUCAAGAGGAUUCUGAUGUCCAUGUGGUCUCUAACAAUACUAAGUCUGCUAGUGUCCAGCAAUUGUCCUCUCAUAGGCCGUGCAACGGGAUUUACAACAGCGAGUACCAGAAGGAUGUUCCACAGUCGUCCAGUUUUCAACCCAGACCUCAGGGUGGCCUGUCACAGCAAGACAGGCAGAAAGAAGUUUACUUGCAGAGAAACCCCUUGCAUGUUUCACAUCUGAGGUCGCCAGAUGAACAUCCUGAGAGGGAGACUGCAGCUGGAGAUCGACCAGUCGUAAGUCACUCGCACAACACUUUCACCACAAGCAACUUCCACACUCACACCUCUCACAAAGCACUCUCUGGCUCAUCUCGGGGCUACGCCUGCUCACACUGCGGGAAGACGUUUGGCCGUCUGCACCAGUUCAAGCUGCACCAGCAAAGCCACAAGAGAAAGAGGGCGUUCUGGUGCACUGUGUGUGGGAAGAGUUUCCAGUGCUCGUCCCACCUCAGCAUACACCACCGGACACAUACAGGCGAGAAGCCGUAUGGUUGCGGACAGUGUGGGAAGAGGUUCACGCAGCAGAGCAGUCUGAGGGUCCACCAGCGCACACACAGUGGCGAGCGGCCCUACAGCUGCUCGCUGUGCGGGAAAACCUUCAUCCUGAUGCACCAUCUGAAACGGCACAGAAUCAUUCACACAUACAGCUGAGGUGGAGACAUCUAUGGUGAAGUUGCUCAGGUGAAAAGAAAAAAACUGACCCUCAAAGACAAACCAAAAUGCCAGUGAGCUUUUUUUUGUGAUUUGUGACUUUGUGGCAUUGCUCAAAGACUUUGUAUAUUAAUGCAUAUUCUACUAUGCAAAAUCCAUCUGGAUGGAUUUUAAGAUGUUUGCUUUUUUUCUUUUCUAAAAUACAUCAAAUUAUUAAAACUUAAAACUAAAUUGCACCCUCAAACAGAAUUCCCACAUGUCAGUAUUUUAUUAAGACACCUCUGAAGCUAGAAAUCCAAAAGAACAAGGUUUAAAACAAGUCAUUAAAAGAAAAAUCCUACAGCUUUCCUCUGCAUACUGAUCUUCACUCAGUUUGUUUUAGCUCAUCGUGUAGAGAUAUGCCUUACUUCAUCUCAGCACUGAAAACUGUAGAAGCACAAGACGCUCAUGAAAACCCCAUAAAAUCUCCCCUUUACAGUCACAAGAGGGCUUUCCUUUCAGAGACUGCGAAGCACCUCUCAGGUUUAUGUUUUGAUGUCAACAUUGGUGAAAACAUGCCUGACUAUUGUUCCGAGUUGAAUUUGUCCAUAAAACGUAUCCCAAAAA